GAGGAAUUAAACUUCCGUGCGGCAAAAAGAGAGUAACCGAAAACAACUUCAGCUCGAGCUAGACUCGAAAACAAAUCGUGGAGAGACGAUGGACCUUUUCGGAGAGUGUCUAGGGUUUAGGGUGCCAGUGGAUCGGAGUUACUCCUCCUUGCCUCUGUCCCCCAGAAUUGAUCUCAUCUGAUGAUUCUGUUCCUGACGUUGCUGCAGUCCACCAUUCUAUUACUUCACUGGCAUAUCCCCGAGGCCAGCAAUGUCUCAGCCCUUUGAACCUGGGAAAUCCCCGGUGUUACCGAUCGUGGAGUCCUCCUCUCCGUCCGAAAAAUCCAGGAAAAUGCGAAGGACAACGACGAGCACAGGAAGCCGCUUGAAGCAGAACAUCGACAGUAACUACGCGGAUCUGAUCUGUGUCGUGCUAUGCUUCUUGACAGGUCUCUGCGACAGCUCGGCCUUCAACGCCUGGUCGUGUUUCCUGGCUAUGCAGACCGGCAAUACCAUCGUCCUAGGCCUCGGCGCCUCGAACCUUCCGCGCGACUCGCCCUACGGGUGGCUCAAAUCCCUCGUCUCGAUCAGCUGCUUCCUGUCCGGCUCGUUCUGCUUUAGCCGCGCUGGCCGCUGGCUCGGCCCAACCCGCCGCGGCACGCUGUUCGCCUCCUUCAUGGCCCAGGUAGCGCUGAUCGUGAUCGCCGUGGCGCUGAUCCAGGCCGGGCUGAUCCCGCAGCCCGCCUCGUCGGACGUCAGCAGCCACCAACACCAUCCGCUCCUCGACCUGAUCCCCAUCGGCCUGCUGGCAUUUCAGUCCGCCGGCUCGAUCAACUCCACCCGCUCGCUGGGGUAUAAUGAGAUCCCCAGCGUGGUCAUCACCAGUGUGUACUUUGAUAUCGCGUCUGAUAUGAAUAUCUUUGCCGGGAAGAAUGUCAAGCGGAAUCGCAGGGUGGCUGGCGUUGUGAUGUUGCUGAUUGGGGCUAUUGUCGGGGGGUGGUUGAAUCGCAGUGAUGGCGGGAUGGCUUCGACGUUUUGGUUGGCGGCUGGGAUCAAGUUCUUGAUUGGGUGUGGGUGGUUGGUUUGGGCGCCGGUGAAGGGGCCCGGGGAGGGCAAUUAG